CUAAAAUGGCGGACCUCUUGUAGCGGUCGUGUGUGAUUACAUGUCACACUUCAAUCAUUUUCAGCGGAGUUAUUUGAUGCGUAUUUAUCUAUAAUCUAAAUCAUGUUUUCCAGUUUUGGCCUGCGGGCCAUUCUGAAGUCUUCCGUGGGUGUUUUGCGUGAAAGUUCCGGUCUGUACCCCGCGGUGUCAGUCAGACCUUGGAGCUGCUGCGCUUCGGCUCAGUUAGCAGGAGCUGCAGCUAGCAAAGACAAAGGAAUCUUUGCAGUUCAACCACCUGUGAGACAUUAUGCCCGUGUUGCAAAGACAAAGAAGACAGGCCCAGAAAGCCAACUCAGUGAUCUUCCUCCAACAAUGCUGAAGAUGGAAUAUGCAUCUGUCCCACUUGCUCAAACGACAGACGAUCUUGUUAAACGUCUUCUUUCACUGGAACUGGCAAGUCAUAAGGAAAAGCUGCAGCUGAAAAAGGAACAACUGAUUGCAAAAGUUCAAAGAGAUGAGAAUGAUCGCAAUUCAGUCGAAGUCCAGGUGGCUGUUUUGACUGCAAGAAUUCGAAACUAUCAGGACCAUUUGCAAAAACACCACAAGGACAAAGCCAACAAGAGGCGCAUGCUAAUGGCCAUUGAUCGCAGGAAAAAGCUUCUAAAAAACCUCAGAUUGGUUCAUUUUGACACCUUUGAGAGAGUGUGUGAGCAGCUCGGCAUUACCUACACCUUCCCUCCAGAAUACUACAGACGGGCCACUCGCCGCUGGCUGGCUAAGAAAGAGUUCUGUAUUAAGGUUUUCAAGGCUGUGCAGAAGCAGAAAGCAGAGCAAAAUAUGAAGCGGCAAUUAUCCACCACAGAGACAAAGGAAGCCAAGGCACCAGAAGCCCAAACAUAAUGAAACAAACUAGUCUGUACAGCUGGCUGCUCUCAAUACUUGAGGCUUAUGUUUGAUUGUUUCAUCUCAGACUUUUACAUUUCAUCUUCUUUGUUUCCAACCUAAAGUUCUUUUGUUUGUCUUACAAUAUCAGCUUAUUGGAAAUAAAAUUUCAAAGAAAUCUUUGUUUUUGGCAUGUGCAACUCACAACACCAAAGGCUGAUUUUGGUUUAGAAAAAAAGACUUACAGUGAAUCUAGAUUCCUAAAAAAAUUUAAUUCUGAGAAAACAAAAGUGGGGUUCAAUUUAACAAGAAAACCCCAGCCUGCAGAUUAUGCCUUCUAUCUAAGCUUUCAAUCACACAGUUUUAACUCAGUCAACAAUAUUUCACUUUUUCAUUCUAUAGCAACCUAUUUCCUGGUAUAAAGUCUGCUUUAUGCUAUGUUUUGAAUCCAAAUAACUUUGACACUUCCUUGUCCAGAAGAUAUGGCUUUAGAUUUUGUUUCCCUACAUUUUUUAAAAUGCAGCUCAACUUAAAGCCUUGUGAUUUAUAAUAAAACAUUUAAACCUUUUGCACAUAUACACAUUACAAACUAAAACUUGUAAUGUGUAUGACUAAACACUCACUCACCAGUUAUUUUUCGGGUGGGCAAAUAAAGUACGUCAUUUGUGAAAAACAAACUUUCCAUAAAGGCAAUCUCCAACAUUCCCAACAAAAACUAGAAGAGUUAUUUUUACUGUGUGAAGCUUGUUGAAUGAAUAGGAUAUCUAAACUGUUGAAAAAGUUGUUAAAGUGUAUAGAUUGGCCUAGAUAUUAAAAGAUAUGUUGAAUGAUAAAUAUAAUAAAACAAACAUGGGGUGUAAGUGAGUUUGGCACUGUGACUUCUCAGUUUGGUCAGAACUAUGUUGGGACAGUCAGGUAGGGAGUGUUGACAGGGAUACAGAUGUGCAGGCAACAUGAGAGUCAUUGCUUUUCUAAAGAGCAUGUUGGCUUUCCACAGAGAUAGGACUGGGUAGGGCUCCCUAAAUCUAAGUAACUUCAUCCUAGCAACAGAAAUGAACUUUCUGUUAUAGGUUUUUCCACAAAUCUUUUCUGGAAAAAAUAUAUUUAAAAAACUAUAGUAAACAUGUAUUUAAUUUUAACAUUUUUUUGUUUGUUGACAAGAGUGGAGAACUAACCUUUGUAAUGAAAGCUUUUUUAUAAAUCAAACAAUCCAGUUACAUUCAGAUAUGAUGUAACAAUUUUUGCCCACAUGCAUGAGCCUUCAGUUUCCUCCAAUGAAUACCUUCAGACUAUGGCAUAUUACAGAGCCAUGUCAUGUAAGGUCUCAUGUUUUUGCUAAUAAUCAGAUGGGAAUUCCAAGGGCGUAACUUCACUAUAGUUGUGUAGCUGUCAAACAUUAUUGGAAGAUGAUAUUUGUCACACUGGUCAAACUCAAUAAGUCUAACAUGGUUUUUAUCAGAGAGAUUGUUUUUGGUGGGUCAGGGGAAAUCCUUUCUUCCUAUUUUCAUGGAGCAUAAACAUGUUAAUUGCAUAAAUUACUUUUUUGGUACAGGUAAUCUGUCUCUGUCAUUUUUUAUGUUCUGCCAGUAGGCAAAAAUAAAUUCAUUCUAAUUCAUAA